AUGAAUACUGUUAGUCAUAAUAAGAACGCUCUUAUUCCUGAUACUGCUGAUACCGACACUACAGUUACUACCAUGAAUGCCAAUAAUAUUGCUAGCCAUAGAAAUGAUGAAAAUAAACAAAAUUCAAUUUUUUACCAAGCUUCACAAAAAGAACAAAUAAUAUCUAACGGAUUAUCUCGAGAAAAUUCUAAUGUUAUAAAUUUGGAAAGGGCAGCCUUAACAGAUGUUACGUCAAAAAUUAAUAAUCGUUAUUCAAUAGGAUCUCAGACAUUAAACAUGAAUAACAAUAACACUUACAACGUUAAUAACUUAUAUUAUGAGUACCAACAGAACAUAACGAAUACUUCCUCGAAGGUACCGUAUCCACAAGACUCGGAAGCAGAGGGAGAAGGACAAGAAAGAGAUGAGGAAGAAGAAAAUAUAGACGAAGAGGUUAAUAAUGUGACUCUGGAAACCCCCGAGAUACAUGAAAAUCAGGAAGGAGGACAAGAUCACCAACAUUAUGAUGAAUAUGAAGACCAAUUAAGACCAAUGAUGCCUGUUGUUACUAAAUCUGAUGUUACUGAAUUAACAGAUAUUUUUAAUAAAUUUUAUACACCAAAGCCAGAUCCUAUGGACGAGGAUACGUACGAUGCUACAAUGGUUGUGGAAUAUGCUCCAGAAAUCUUUAAUUAUUUGCAUAAACAGGAAUUAAAAUUAUCGCCUGAUCCAUUGUAUAUGGAUUAUCAACCUGAAUUGAAAUGGAAAUAUAGAGCCACAUUAUUUAAUUGGUUAGUGAAAGCGCACGAAAAAUUUAAUUUGCUACAAGAAACAUUAUAUUUAACCGUUAAUAUUAUAGAUAGAUUUUUGUCUCACACUGAGAUAGCUGUUAGCAAAUUUCAUUUAGUUGGUGCUACAUGUUUGUUUAUAGCUUCAAAAUAUGAAGAAAUAAAUUGUCCUACUUUGAAGGAAAUUAUGCGUAUCUUAGAUAAUGAAUACACGGCAGAACAGGUGAUGAGAGCUGAAAGAUAUAUACUUUGUGCAUUAGAGUUUGAGCUGGGUUGGCCUGGUCCCAUGCCAUUUUUAAGAAGAAUAAGCAAAGCCGAUGAUUACAAUUACGACAUAAGGACCUUGGCUAAAUACUUAUUAGAAACAACCAUAAUGGACCAGAGAUUUGUUGGUUCGCCACCAAGUUGGUUAGCUGCGGGUGCCUAUUAUUUAAGCAUUGUCAUUUUAGAAAACAAGUAUUGGACUGAAAGUCAUGUUUAUUAUUCUGGUUAUACUGAGAAACAAAUUACCCCGGUGGCUUCUAUUAUUGCACAAAAUUGCAGAGACCCAAAUUCUACUCAUGAAGCUAUAUAUAAGAAAUACUCGGAACGUAGACACAGACGCUGUUCUCAACUAGUAUCUAGAUGGAUAGCUGCCAUUGAAAUGCAACAAGAACAACAAUAUUAG